UGACUGUGGUUCCGGUGGGGUCGAUCACCAGAGCGCGGUGUGUACGUUCCUUUACAUACGGUAUUUCGAAGUUUGCGCGCGUGUCGUACGUUUGUCUCGCGCCAAAAUUAAAAAUAAUUAAUUCUAAAUUUGAAAUAAAUAAUUGAAGCAAGAUUAAUAUUUUUAUUGACAUUUAUUUGAAUAUUGUGAAGUGAUUAUGAGAGACGAUUUAACUUUUGCGCGCCAAUUCAUGGCGGUUAUAAAGUAGACAAUUUUACGUAUUAUAAUUACGUUGUGUUUUUUCGUUGUGUAAUGUAUAGUGAGAUAUUGUUUUAAAAAUGAGAAAUACGGAGCUUGAAUAUAUUAUUCUGACAUUUAUUCUCUCAGUUGCCGUUAAAGUUGAUGCGGUGCAGCGUUUCGUCGAAUUGCCGUCGUAUACGGAGGUGAACCCGGGCGAGGACGCGCUGCUCAAGUGCCGGAUAUCCGACAAGAAGGGAAUCUGCUCCUGGCAGAAGGAUAACAAGCCAGUGGGUAUAUACCGUGGCAAGUACGAGUGGGCGAACGAACACAGCGCGCUGGGCGGCGACUGUUCCCUGUGGGUGCGCGCGGCAACGCUGCAGCUUGACGACGGUCAGUGGCAGUGCCAAGUUACUGCUAGCAACUAUGACGUUCAGGAUGCCCUUUCAAGUCCACCAGCCGCACUUGCCGUGCGGGUACCACCGCAAUCGCCGAGGAUUCUCUUUAACGGGUCCCACGUGCUGCCGGGACAGAACAUCACGGUGCCCGCCGGCUCCAGAGCCACAGUCGUCUGCGAGGCUAGAUACGGCAACCCGCCAGCAUACAUAGAAUGGUACUUAGAAAAAGAUCGUUUAACAGCAUGGAGUCAGACGAAUGCAUCUGAAGUUGAAAGACCGAGAGUGUGGGCCGCGCGGUCCGUCCUCGAAAUGGGUGCGACCAGGUCAGCGCACGGCAAGCAGCUGGCAUGCCGCGCGCACCAUCCCUCGUACCCCGCACCUUACUAUAGAGACUCGUAUACUAUGCUAGAUGUUACAUUCGUUCCUGUCGUCUCCAUUCUCGGGGCGGACGCGAGUGGUCUCUCCAGUCUUGAAGAGGGCUCAAGCGCUCUGUCCUUAGACUGCAAAGCAGAUGGAAACCCUAAACCUUAUGUCUGGUGGACGAAAGAUGGACAAAUAAUCGCUACUAAUGGCCCUAAGCUGAUUCUGGCACCCGUUAUAAGAAAUCAUUCGGGUAUCUACGGUUGUCAAGCAAGGAACUCCCUGGGAACAUCUGAUUCAGUGAAAAUCGAAAUUGACGUUAAAUAUAAUUUUUCGCUAACAGAGACUGCACACGUUGCACCACUGAUCGCAGCUGCGCUGGUCAUAGCAGCACUGCUGGUGCUAUUGCUGUGUCUCAUAGUGCGAUGUCGACGGAAGAGAGGUAGCGUUGAAUAUAAGACUGAUGAAUUAAACAGCGACGUGAAGGUCCUACCAGCGGACGCGGUGUACACGCCGCAAUCGCAUGCUAGCGGCCGCGGCUCUAUCGCUGGAGUGGCCCCUGCCCCUGGUGCCGGCAUGGCCCCUCCUCCUGGUGCCGGGGAACGCGAGGGGCCACGGUACUCGCCCGGUGCGCUGCAGGUUCGCCGCGCCGCGCUCGUGCUGCAACCACCAACCACCGCAGCAUUAGCGUCGUUGGAAAGAGAAGCCAAAGAGAAUGUGUAUGCGGUUUUAGAUCCGCAUAUACAAUACGAUAUAACUAUUAAUAAGCACGGAGAGCCGCCGAAAUAUUUAUCACUAUCAAAGCCUUUAACUCACCAAAGAACACAUGCUUUCGAUCCACGUUACUUUGCAAAUGAAAUUAAUAACAACGAAAUCAAACUGUCCACAUUCAAGCCUGCCUAUAGAAAAUCCAAUAGAAGCAGUAAAAGCAAGAAUGUAAAUUAUAAGAAGAAUUACGUUUGCAAGAGUAAUAAUGAUAUAGAGUAUUCCAAAGACCCAUGCUUUGGAAUAGUAAGAGGCACUGAAGGCAACUCGGCAAAUGCUUACACGCAUAAUUUAUUGAAAAGUGAUCCUAAAAACUUUCGAUUAUCAAAUCGUAGUCGAAAGAGUGUAGAAAAAACUACACCUUUAGAGGAAGAAAAAAAGAAGGAAAGUUCAACAAUUGAGCAGAAAGUAUCUAAUGUAUGUAACCAUGAAGACACGAUAGAAGAUUAUAAACCAAUGCCUGGUAAAGUAAGAGAAAUCGCAUCUAAAUUCGAUAGGAAUACCAAAAGCUAUGCUCAAUCAUUAAACUUUAAGAAGGAAAGACCAAGACCUAUACAGAGUUAUGGUUAUCAAGCGUACCUGGAUCACAUUUUUCCAGAUGCGGUAGAAAUUUAG